UAAUCGUCUCGAAUUCAGUCAAACCCAAACCGCAAAAGAUAGCAGACCUCGCUCGCCGGAAAAUGCAUAAUUCUCCUUGGCUUAUCAGUUGUCUGGCGUUAGGCUGGCUCUGCCUGGCACCAUCGCCAAGUGUCGCAGACUCUCCAAAUACCCCCAAGACCAGAUUCAACAUCACCUUUGGCCAACUGGACACAUGCGACAGCUAUUCCAUCACGGCAAGUGGAUAUGCCUACCGAGAUUUUUUCAUGGUCCACUCCCUGGACAACAACAAGGCACGGAGUGGGGAGAGGCUCCACCUAAAGUUCUACGUGCUUACCUCCAUGGACGCCCACAUCCUUCUGUCGGUGACGGAUAGGCUUCGUCCCACCGAUCGGGUGUACGAGAUAGUGAUAGGAGCUGGCGGAAAUACGUUUUCCGCUAUCCGGACAGCCAUGGGCAUGAGACGCGUGUCCACCAACCAAGAUCGCAACUUGCUCUCGGUCUACGAGCCAACGCCCAUCGAAAUCGUGCAGACUCAGAAUGCCGAGCUCUUUGUUUACAUUCCCGGAUUCAAGAAGGAACCGCUUCUGCAGUUCGUGGACACUUCCGCCCUCAACAUAAACUACAUCAGCUUCAGCUCCUUUGGCUCGAACACAGCCCGUUGGUUCUACGACUGCAGCUUCGAUGGAUUUGAUAAUGAGCUGUCGCCGGAUAAGCCAGAGCCGUUGGUGGAGCAGAAGCUGUUGGACUACAUCAAUUUGCGCGGGGAGAAAGCCAGUCAGCCGGGAAAUCUGAGCUCCUUGAAGUUCCACUUCCGCCCGCUAUCGGUGGCCUACGAGCCGGACAAGUCCUGGCUGCACACUACUCUCAACUUCAUAAUGCACUGGCAGGAUGAUAGGCUGGCGUGGAAGCCAGCGGACUACGGCUACUUGGAGUCCAUCGAGCAUCGGGACCUUAAAAUAUGGAAUCCCCAGAUCUAUACCCUUAACGGCGCCGACUACUAUUCAUCAAGAAACUUGGUGCAAUACCGAGCCGAGUUGCGGGUUUAUUCAAAUGGAAAUGUAACUCUGUAUUUAAACAAAAUGGGGCUGACCAACCGGUGCGUGGACACUGCCCGAAACUGGCCCCACGAACGGAUAACGUGCGACAUCCAACUGGGCGUCAUCGGCGAGGUCGGAAUGGGGAGCUUGUCGCUAAUCUACGAUGAUCAGCGCAGUCCAGUGGCGCCAAACGAGCACGUGAACACGCCUUCGGGCUGGACCUUCAACGACAUCAGCGUCCAGCAGGUGGUGAACGGGUCGCAGAGCAGGUAUUCUCCGAAGCACACACUCCAGACGAUGGCCGGCGACGUGGCCAUUGAGUUUAGGUUGCAGAGGAAUAGCAAAUUUUAUAUGACAGUAUUCUUCGUUCCACUGACAGCCUGCCAGAUAUUUGUGAUCCUGUCCUUUGUGCUGAGGUCGACCCGCAGGAGCGCCCUGAUACUCAUUUCCCUCCUGAUAACCGCCUGGGCCCUGAUGUACAUAACGCGCCACGCCCCUCCGUUCUAUGUGCCAGCUCUCAUGUCCGACUACAAGGUUCUCAUGAUUAUCGCCACCUACUGCUAUGUCCUGCACGUAGCCCUCAUGUGGCUGGAGCUAUAUCCUCCCCGGGCAAAGGCCCCCAACUGCCUGAUGACCGUCAUGAACUCAAACGUCCUUCGGUUCGUCCUGGGACUGCGUUUGGCCGAUUCGAGCGUCUACUGCGAUGUCCAGGAGAAACCCUGGCCCCACCUCGCCAAGAUCCUGAACAACCUGAGCUCGAUCGUGGUGGUUAUCACUUUUGCCAUCCUGGACGUCACUAGUAUUUGAAAAAUGAGAUUUUUCUUUAUUUUGCACUUGACAGAGUAUUAGAGGUUUCUUAAAUAAAUAAGAAGUUUUCAGCGAG